AAGCUAAAUUUGUAUGUGGUCGAAACAAAGGGGCCUGCCCUUUUUGGUCGAGACUGGCUAGGAAAGAUCACACUAGAUUGGAAAGCAAUCAACACAUUGGCAACCACACCACCAGGAAAUCCAUCAACCCGAUUACAAGAGAUCCUCGAAAAGUAUGGUGAUGUUUUCGAAGACGAUAUUGGUCUGCUAAAGACUACCAAAGCAAAGCUGAACCUGAAAGAAAACAGCCAGCCAAAGUUCUGCAAAGCAAGACAAGUACCAUAUGCUCUGCGACCAAAAGUUGAGGUUGAGUUGACCAAGUUGCAGAAUGAUGGCAUCUUGACCAAAGUUGAUUGGAGUGAACGGGCAACCCCGGUUGUUCCAGUGAUAAAGAAGAAUGGCAAUGUUCGAUUGUGUGGUGAUUUCAAGCAAACCAUCAAUCCAGUCUUGCACGUUAAUUCAUUGGUUCAUUGGUAUGAAACCAGGGUGGCCUUUCCUUCUCUCUCCUUUUUCUCUCUACGUUUCGUAUCCCUUCUCUUGCUAUUUCACCCCCUUUUUUAGUUCCUAUAAUCAUCUUGCCAUAAUCUAUCACGUAUAUGCAGUCUAUACUAUUGAAGUUGGAGUAAAUAACAAUAAAUUUGAAUACUGGUCCUCCAAUUAUUUAGGUUACACAAUGUCUCACACCAGUACUUGUCCCAUUACCUAUUUACACCAAAACAAUACCCUCUCCCAAGGAUUGAUGCUAUUUUCGCCUCCCUCGGCGGUGGGCAAAAGUUCAGCAAGAUUGAUCUGCGACAGGCGUAUUUACAGAUGGAAAUGGAAGAAGAGUCAAAGAAAUUCCUAACAAUUAAUACCCAUAAAGGAUUAUUCCAAUACAAUUGGCUUGUAUUUAGUGUAGCAUCUGCCCCCGCAAUGUGGCAACAAGCUAUUGAACAGAAGCUAUUGGAAAAAGCAAGAAGCUAUUGCAACAAGCUAUUGGAUCAGAUAUUGGAAGGAAUUCCCCAUGUGCAAUGUAUCCUUGAUGACAUGAUCAUAUCUGGUGCAACCGACCAAGAGCAUCUUGACAACCUAGAAGAAGUUCUCAGUCGACUUAGUGAACAUGGUCUCAGAGCCAACAGCAGUAAGUGCGAAUUCUUCAAAGAAAGAAUCGAGUUCUGUGGUCACGAGAUCAGCAAGCUGGGUCUGCACAAGUCCCAACAGAAAGUGAAUGCUGUGAUAAAUGCACCACGUCCUGAGAAUGUUUCCCAAGUUCGUUCCUUUGUUGGUCUUAUUAAUUAUUACCACGAUUUCCUUCCAAACCUUUCUACCUUACUUCAACCACUAAACCAGUUGCUCGAAAAAGAGAGACGGUGGAAAUGGACCUUGGAAUGUGAGCAAGCUUUUCUGAAAGCAAAGGAGUUAAUUGCAUCCGAGGAAGUCCUUGCACAUUAUGACCCUCAACGCCCAAUCAAGUUAGAAUGCGAUGCAUCUCCGUAUGGGUUGGGGCCAGCUUUAACACAAGUCAUGGGUGAUAAUACUGAAUGACCAAUAGCUUAUGCUUCAAGGUCCCUUACAAAAACUGAAAAACUAUUCUCAGAUAGAUAAGGAAGCAUUGGCUUUAGUAUGGGGUGUGAAGAAAUUCCAUACUUACAUAUUUGCACGACAUUUCACCCUGCGAACAGAUCAUAAACCAUUGACAGCAAUUUUCAGUCCAACCAAGGCUAUACCAGCAACGACUGCUGCUCGAGUCCAACGAUAUGCACUAUUCCUUUCAGGGUUUGACUACGAGAUUGAACACCGUAGUUCAACACAGCAUUGUAAUGCAGAUGGAUUGUCCCGUUUACCUCUAGCAACAACUGAAGAUGAAGAAAAUCAGUCUGUUGACCCGGUUGAGGCAUUUCAUGUGUCACAGUUCAGCAUGUUUCCUGUAACUUGGCAGCAAGUACGCAAAGCAACCCAACGAGAUUCUACCCUCGCCCAAGUGUAUGAGCAUGUCAUGAAAGGCUGGCAUGAAAAUAAAGACACCAACCUGCAACCCUUUUAUUCUCGAAGAAACGAACUAACUAUGCACCAAGGAUGUAUUACGUGGGGGAGCAGAGUUGUCAUUCCCACAAAGUUACGAAGCGAAGUACUACAAGUAUUACACGAAAGUCAUGUUUGUGUGGUUAGAAUGAAAGCUCUGGCUAGAAGUUACGUUUGGUGGCCAGGAAUUGAUUUGGAGAUUGAAAGGAUGCAGUGGUUGCCAGCGGGUUCAACAUGCCCCCAAAUGCUCACCAUUACACCCAUGCGAGUGGCCAUCUACCCCCUGGCAACGUAUUCAUGUCGAUUUUGCAAGACCAUUCCUUGCAAUGAUAUUUUUAGUGAUUGUUGACGUUCAUUCAAAAUGGCGAGAGGUAAUAAUCAUGCACUCGAAAACAACCACCUCCAAAACUGUCGAAGCCCUGCAAACAGUGUUUGCUCGAAAUGGGUUACCAAAACUAUUGGUUAGCGAUAAUGGCCCUCAAUUCACUGCAGAAGAAUUCCAGCUAUUUCUAAAGAAAAACGGAGUUAAACACGUAACUUCAGCACCAUAUCAUCCAGCCACCAACGGCUUAGCAGAAAGAUUCAUUCAAACCAUGAAACAAUCUUUGACUUCAAUGAAGGAAGACCUUGGCUCCACGUAG